AUGCAUACAGCAUGGGUUCGUGUGAAUGCGGUGGUCUUCUUUGGGCUCACCGUUCUUCUUGUGUUGAGCGUGCUCACGGCGCUGAGUACAUAUCUCCACCAAGGGUUUCCGGACGUGAGGAAGCUAGGGGUGAGCAAAUUCAGGACGUUUCGAAAAUCUGAAGGCACGGAUCGGUUGCUCCUCAACAUCGAUGUUGACGCAGAUCUGGCUCCGGCGUUCAACUGGAAUGUGAAACAACUCUUCGCGUUCGUGGUAGCUGAAUACGAGACCCCGACAAACCCUGUGAACCAGGCAAGUCAAUCCGUUCGGUUUGCGUAGCUUCUCGGCGUUGUCAUCGGCUGGCACAGACGCCAACAUCUUGGAUAUCGAUGCACACUACUACUGUGGAAGGCCACCGGCACUUGCAAAUCUUGUUUUCCCAUGUGCGUCACGAUAGUUGAUCAAGCUUCGUGUGUGACGUUACGUGUUCUUGUAGAGUGGUACGUACUUUAUCUUUCGUCUAUCGAGGGCAGAAUUCGUGAAGGUUGUGCACUGUUUCGAAGUUUGAAGUUUGUUAUGCAUACUGGGGUAUCUGCGUCUCAACUCGGAGGCAGCAAAUUUACUGUGGAGCACCCGCUCACGUCUUGAUUGAUAAAGCAAUCACUGGGGUAAAAAACGCGCAUCGAAUAGCGACCCUACACCAUAAG